CAGAGAUUCCCUGGUUCAGAGAGUGGAGGAGCCACCCUCAGAGUUUAGGGAUGUGCCCUCCCUUCCCAGAGUCCUUUGCCUCCCCCUUCCUGUCUUUCCUCCGUCUCUAUUUUUGUCUCAUCCCCUCCCCCCACUCCACACUGUCAGUCAGCCCUACUUUAUUCUCUAGGGCAGGUCACCUUCCCCCACCUCUCCUACCCCCCAGGCCCUCCUCUGCUGCUCUGAAAUCAGCUGACCUUCUGGUGCAGAAACCUUAGGAACUCUGCUAGCUCUGUGUUGGAAGGAUGUGGAAGAAGGUGAUUGGCUCAGUGGAGGCCUUAAAUGAGCUGCAACCAAAGGGAUUCUGGAGAAGAGGCUGCUCCUCUGAAACACUUCUCAUACCUGUUCCUCGCCAUCAAGCCACAGCCCUCUGAACCCUGAGCAACCAUGGGCUUCGCCAAGAUAUCCGAAGACGAUCGUGAGAAAAUGAGGAGUGAAAUGCACAAGGGUAUAGACAUAUUCUGUGAUCAACUCAAAUGCCAAGAUAUGGAGCAGGCCCACAGAGGCAUAGAACAGCUGAAGAACAACUUCAAUGAGGCCGCGCUUGAUAUUGUAUUUGCUCACUGUGAGAACAACCAGGAAUCUACUCCCUUACUUCCGGAGCAGCAGCAGGAACUGCGUAACAGGGUCCAUGGACAGAAACCGGGCCCGGAGCAGGACUCUGAGCCAGAAGGAUCGCCCAACCAAAGUCCAGGGGCCCAGAAGACUGGGAAGAGCUUUUGUGAAGAGGUACUGAGUUUGUUCCAAGAGAUGCUAAGUCAACUGCAGAAGACGUGGCUGGAUGUGCUGAACUGGGUGCAGGAGUCCCUUGUCAGCGUGGUGAAGUUCAUCUUGAGUCAGAUUAUGAAUUUCUGCUCCAUUGCGGCACAGUCCUUCUCAAGUUUAUUCCUGGUCCAAGGAGUCGCAUGAGGGCCUGGAGGAGCUCAGUCACACCUCCCAGCCCUUGGGUUCCCCCUUCUCAGAAAGAAUCUUCUAGAGUAACAUUUGCUUUCCUGCUCACCCUUGACCCAUCCUCGACAACCUCCCUCACUUCCACCCUGUUCACAGCCUCUCCAUCUAGCUUGCCUGGGUUUCGUUCUCUUGCUACAGCAUUUUAUUAAACGUUGGUUGGCCUGGGGAGGGGG